CAAACAAGGACACACAACGCAAGAAGGUGCCUUCAAUCUUGGCAAAUUUAGAAGGGAACCGAAGUUUCUACAUUUUUAUAAGCCACCGACCAACUUUAACAACCACCACCAACCCCAGAAAGAAAGAAGCUUCCACCGAAGCUUCAAGAACGACCGAACGACCCACAGACCACACCUUCUUCCUCAAUCCUCAUUCUCUUCCAGUUCUCUCUAAAUUUACAUAAUCCCCACCUCCCAAAGCCAAGCCAAAACUCCAACCCAUCAUUCAUAAAUCGCACCUCUAAUCUCUUCUGGCCCUUUUGUUUCGUUCAGGCAUUUUCACAAACAUCUCAAUGGCGGCAGAGGACGGCGCGGUCACAAUCUACAGCGGCAGCGCAAUCACCGACGCCAAGAAGAACCCAUAUUCUCUCAAGGUCGGCCUAGGCCAGAUGCUCCGCGGCGGCGCCAUUUUUGAGGUCACCACCGCCGACCAAGCCAAGCUUGCCGAGGACGCCGGCGCUUGCUCCGUCAUCGUCUCCGAUCCACCCCGCGCCCAAGGCAUUUCGCGCAUGUCUGACCCAGCUCUCGUCAAGGACAUCAAACGCGCCGUUUCGAUCCCCGUCAUGGCGCGAUCCCGGGUCGGCCAUUUCGUCGAGGCCCAGGUCCUCGAAGCCAUCGGCGUCGAUUACAUCGACGAGAGCGAGUAUCUGGCGAUAGCAGAUGAGGACCAUUUCAUAAACAAGCACAAUUUCCAGACCCCUUUCGUCUGCGGAGCCCAAACCCUCGGAGACGCGUUGAGGAGAGUGAGAGAAGGCGCGGCGAUCGUAAGAACCCAAGGGGAUCUAUCUGGGUCUGGAAAUGUAGCCAUGGCUGUAAAAAACGUGAGAUCUGUAAUGGGUCAGAUAAGGCUGCUCAACAACAUGGACGACGACGAAGUCUUCGCGUUUUCGAAGGAAAUUCAAGCGCCGUACGACCUCGUUGCGCAGACCAAGCAAAUGGGUCGGCUUCCGGUAGUGCAAUUCGCCUCCGGCGGCAUUGUGACGCCGGCCGACGCGGCGUUGAUGAUGCAAUUGGGGUGCGACGGAGUUUUUGUCGGGUCGGAUGUUUUCAACUGUUCGGAUCCGUACAAGCGGGUGAGGGGCAUUGUUGAGGCGGUUAGGAACUACAAUGAUCCGCAUGUGCUGGUGGAGACGAGUUCUGGGUUGUCGGGUCUGAUGGCGGGUUUGGAUCUCGGUGAGGACAGGAUCGAACACUUUGGUCGUGGCCAUGGAGGUGUUUGAUUAGGAAACAUAAUCAUGUAAUGAAGUAUAGAGGUUAUACUUGGAUCUGUCUCUUUGUUGUGACUUUGUUAGCUUAACAUGUUGUAUUAUUGAGGCCAAUUUUGUUAAAAUGCAGAUAUGAGAAUGGAGAAUAAUUUGUUGUCCCGCUCUGUGAUGAUGAUUAGGGUUAAAUGGUGUACUUAUUGGAGAUGUUAAUGAGAAUAAGUUUGUUAAUCCAAA